ACUUGGCAGCAGCCCUGGUAGCAGCUGGAGACUUGGAACAGGCAGUACAAGCUUAUGUCACAGCAUUACAAUAUAACCCAGAUUUAUAUUGUGUGAGAAGUGACCUAGGAAAUCUGCUAAAGGCAUUAGGAAGACUGGAUGAAGCUAAGGUAGGAGAUCUUAUAAAUGUAGCAAACAAGUUGGGUAAAGAUAAACAUUUUCCCUUAAGUGUAUGAAAUAUAUUUUAGUUGUUAAUCUCAGCAUUAUGAGAAUAAGAAGGAUAAAAAGGCUUCUGUUCAGAUAUUUCAUGGUUUUGUACUUCCCUUAAAAGACAGCAUAGAUGCAGAAUCAUUAAAAGAUGGGUUGUGUUUCACUUUGAUAUGCAGUGUAAAAAGGACGACCUAAAACGGGGGGGUUAAUAUUGAAAAAAAAUAUUACCAUCAUAUAGUAUGAAUUUGCAUGUAGUCUGUCUUUCAAGGUCAUUUGUGUGAUAAAUGCAGUAUUUUCAGAAUGCACAGACAGGAUGACAAAUCAGCCUUCAGAAAUUAUCUUUUCACAAAAUGACUCUCUUUUUUUUUAAGUGCAUGAUGAUUAUUUUGGGAUACUGUUGUGAUAAAAAAAAGCUUCAAACUUAUGCCUUUUCAUUUGAACAGGAAGAACUUGUGAAAAGAAACUUUCAAGACUUUGUCAUCCUGUCUUUUUAGAGAAUUACAACAUUACAGAAAGAAAGAGACUAUAAAUUUCAAUACUUUUGUACAAUAUACCAUUUGUGUUGAAAGUUUCAAAACUUGACCCUUUAGUGAGUGGUCUAUUUACCUAUUUCAGGAAAUUAAACAUUCUUUUUAUUUGUAAUUUCUGAUUUUGAUGUGAAAAAGUUCUUCAUUUUUAUUCUGCAAAACUUUUAUUAUGCAAGAGUAUUGAUCUUUGAAAGAAAUAUUUAAUUGCUAUUUGAAUCUGAAAAAGCCUUCUUAUUCUUCCCUUUAACGGUCAUGUGUUGUUUUUCUGUGUGUUUCAAAUAGCUAACCCUUAUAUAUGAACUCCAUAAACUGUAAAUUGACACAGAUAAGUUUCAUCUGAAGUUUGAUUCAGCUUCAGUGCAUUGAUCUUUUUUGACAAGUACUGCCAUGGAAUGGGGAUUGGGAUAUUGAUAACCUAGCUAUUUGUUAUAUGCAGGUUUUAUGAAUAGUUGUAUAUUAUGUGUAUAUGAAUUACACGAAACAUACUAAAAAAGAAAUUACUAAUACUACUUUACCUUACUAAUUAAAAAUCUUUUUUAUCGUUUCUAUAAUAGAAAAGCUGGUAUCAAAAUCAUACCAUGAUGGAACACAAGUCAACAGGAAAAGCCACUUGGAAUUCAGGGUGACCUUUCAAUGGCUUGUUAUUUGAAGGCCAUAGAGACACAACCAAGCUUUGCUGUGGCUUGGAGUAAUUUAGGAUGUGUGUUUAAUGCUCAAGGUGAAAUAUGGUUAGCAAUUCAUCAUUUUGAGAAGGCAGUAGCAUUGGAUUCCAACUUCUUAGAUGCUUAUAUCAACCUGGGAAACGUGUUAAAAGAAGCAAGAAUAUUUGAUAGAGCCGUAGCUGCCUACUUGAGGGCAUUGAAUUUGAGUCCAAAUCAUGCAGUUGUACAUGGAAAUCUUGCUUGUGUUUAUUAUGAACAAGGAUUAAUAGAUCUUGCCAUAGAUACCUAUAAAAGAGCCAUAGAGUUACAGCCAAACUUCCCUGAUGCUUAUUGUAAUCUUGCCAAUGCACUGAAAGAAAAGGGAAAGGUUGUUGAUGCUGAAGAAUGUUAUAACACAGCACUGAAGUUAUGUCCCACACAUGCAGAUUCAUUAAACAACUUGGCAAACAUCAAACGAGAACAGGGUUUAACUGAGGAUGCAGUCAAGUUAUACAUGAAGGCUUUAGAGGUCUAUCCAGAGUUUGCUGUAGCCCAUUCUAAUUUAGCCAGCGUACUACAACAGCAAGGAAAAUUACAUGAAGCAUUAUUACAUUAUAAAGAAGCCAUCAGGAUUUCCCCGACAUUUGCUGAUGCCUAUUCUAACAUGGGUAACACAUUGAAGGAGAUGCAGGACAUACAAGGAGCACUACAAUGUUAUACCAGAGCUAUACAGAUUAACCCAGCAUUUGCUGAUGCUCAUAGCAAUUUGGCGUCCAUACAUAAAGAUUCAGGAAAUAUACCAGAAGCUAUAUCAUCCUACAGAACAGCUCUGAAAUUGAAGCCAGACUUUCCUGAUGCCUAUUGCAACUUAGCACAUUGUUUACAAAUUGUGUGUGAUUGGAGUGACUAUCCAGCUAGAAUGAAACGUCUUGUACAGAUUGUCCAGGAUCAGUUAGAGAAAAAUCGUUUGCCAUCAGUACAUCCACAUCAUAGCAUGUUAUACCCACUGUCUCAUUCAAUGAGGAAAGCUAUUGCUGCCAGACAUGCUAAUCUUUGUCUAGAAAAGAUAAAUGUUUUACAUAAACCUCCAUUUGAACACCCUAGUGCACACAUAGAUCCUAGUGGCAGGCUUAAGGUUGGCUAUAUCAGCUCCGAUUUCUGUAAUCAUCCGACAUCACAUCUAAUGCAAAGUAUUCCUGGAAUGCACGACAAGAGGGAAGUUGAGAUAUUCUGUUACUCCUUAAGUCCAGAUGAUGGAACAACCUUCAGAAACAAGAUUGCUAGUGAAGCUGAACAUUUCAUUGAUCUAUCACAGGUGCCAUGUAAUGGUAAAGCUGCGGACAGGAUAUAUGCAGAUGGUAUCCAAAUUCUUGUAAACAUGAAUGGUUACACAAAAGGAGCUAGAAAUGAAUUAUUUGCUCUGAAGGCAGCUCCUAUACAGGUGAUGUGGCUUGGAUAUCCAGGUACAAGUGGCGCUUCAUUUAUGGAUUAUAUUUUAACUGAUGAAGUGACAUCACCGAUACAUUUAGAAGAUCAAUAUUCUGAGAAGUUAGCCUUUAUGGACAAUACAUUUUUUAUUGGAGAUCAUCAGCAAAUGUUCCCUCAUAUCAAGAACAAGAUACUUAUAGAGUCAAAUGGCAAAGUAUCAGAUAACAAUAUCAUAUUGAAUGGCGUAGAUCUGGAACCUCUCAAAAGAACGGGAGAUGUUAAGAGAGUAGUAUAUGAGGCUGAACAUGGAGAGACAACAGAUGAUGAAGAUGGAUCACCUGCCAAGGUCACAUUUGACAUCAUGGAUUUACCUGUACAAACUAUUCUCCAAACCAUGAUCCAGACAGGACUGUCUCAUUCUAUGAUUAAUGAUAUUGUGAUCCAGAAUGGUGUUACAACAAACCAAACAAACAAUAAGGCUGCCACCGGAGAGGAAAUACCACAGAACAUCAUUAUUAGUGCUCGUAGUCAGUACAGUUUACCAGACGAUGCUGUUGUGUACUGUAACUUUAACCAGUUAUACAAGAUAGAUCCAGCUACACUGGACAUGUGGAUAGAGAUUCUUAAGAAUGUUCCUGACAGUAUAUUAUGGUUAUUGCGGUUUCCAGCUGUUGGUGAAGCUAAUGUUGUCAAGAGAGCAACAGCUAGUGGUUUGAAUGCUGACAGGAUUGUUUUCUCCCAUGUUGCUCCAAAGGAGGAGCAUGUACGAAGAGGUCAGUUGGCUGAUGUAUGUCUCGAUACACCAUUGUGUAAUGGUCAUACAACAGGCAUGGAUGUAUUAUGGGCAGGAACACCUAUGAUUACAUUACCAGGUGAAACACUGGCUUCCAGAGUAGCAUCAUCUCAGCUGCAUGCAUUAGGAUGUUCUGAAUUAGUAGCAAAAAACACAGAAGAUUACAUCAAAAUAGCAACAAAACUUGGUGCAGAACCUCAAUAUUUGAGGAGGAUGAGAGCUAAAGUUUGGAAGGGUAGAACAGCAAGUCCCUUGUUUAGCAUAAGGCAGUAUGCUCACAGUAUGGAGAAAUUAUUUAAAGAAAUGUGGAGAAAAUAUGAAAAUGGAGAGGAAGUAGAUCAUAUCACUAAUACGUAAAUUUGAAGUGUUUCAUGACAUUGAAAGUGCUUUGUGUCUGUGUCCUGAACAAUGUGACAUUGUAUAUAUUUCAGUGUUCAUACCCCCCUGAAUGGAUAGUUUUUUAAAAUUCAGUGUACUUUAAUGUGUAAAUAAGUGUGCUCAUCAAUUCAUUACACAUGUACAGAUUGUAUAGACAUUCAUUUAAUCAUUGUAUAUACCAGAAAUGUUAGUUUUCACUUUCUAUCAUAAUUUGAUUUUUUGAUUUUUUACAAAAGUCAAGAAAAUUAGAUGUUUGAAUAGAUGUUUUAUAACAAGAUUAGUAUUAAGCUAAUGUUUGCAGAGAGUUUAUUUGUUCAAUAGUUUAACCCAAAAAGAAAAUAUUAUAGACCUAUUUCUAGUUCAUUUGAGGCAAAUUUGGCAUGCAUGAUAGUAUGAUUAUUAAUUAAGCAUUGAAAUGACAAGUCUUGGAAAUUGUUGACAAACAUUUUAUUAUGCAAUAGUUGUUAUUUUAUUGUGCACAUUUUAGCUAGUAAUUGUACAUAAAGGGAAAUACAAUUUUCCUGUGCCUGAUGUAGAUGUUAAGUGGGAAGUUUUUAUCAGAAUGCUUGGCAUUAUAUUUAUUGUUAUACCUUAUUUAUUGAAGGAUGAACGAUCACUGUCUGCAGAAUAUAAACAACAAAAACCAAAACAAAAA